AUGAUAGAAGAUGAGUGUAUGGUGAAGGAAGCAGUGUUCAAUCGUGAAAUCAAGGCAUUAUUGCAAAUUCGGCAUCGAAACAUCAUAAAAUUAUUUGGGUAUUGUUGCUCUAGUCAAGGAAAGUUCCUUAUCUAUGAAUAUAUGGAUAGAGGAGACUUAGCAAAAACACUGAGGGCCAAUGGAAGGGCAGUCGAGUUGGACUGGGGAAGGCGGACACAUAUUGUGUUAGGCGUGGUCCAUGCUUUGGCAUACAUGCAUCAUGAUUGUUCGCCACCAAUAGUCCAUGGAGAUAUAACAAGCAAAAAUAUUUUGCUUGAUCUGGAAUUUAGAGCAUGCAUCUCUGACUUUGGCACGACUAAAAUUCUUUGUGGUCAAAAUCUCACAAGGCUUGCUGGAACGAAAGGCUAUAUUGCCCCAGAGCUAGCAUAUAUAGAUCAUGUGACGGAGAAAUGUGAUGUAUAUAGCUUUGGAGUGCUUGUUCUAGAGAUAUUUAUGGGAUCCAAUCCAGGCGAUUCGCUCUCAUCUCUCUCCUUGGGCACCAAGAAUAAUGAUGUGUGUCUGCAGGAUCUGCUGGACUCGAGGCUUGUGCUCCCAGAUGUUGAAACCGCUAAAGAAAUAUAUUGCAUGCUCACUGUUGCAGUCUAG